GUCCUGCGCUGCCGCUCAGGACGCGUUUGCCGGAGAUUUGAGUGGCUGUUUUCCCUUGGGCUGCUGCGGAUGAGAGAUACAGAAAGACACCCAUUGUCAGAGGAAGCAAGUGCAGCUGCCAUCAAUAGGGCUGUCGGUUUACUCUGAAAGAGGAGACCAUGCUGAAGCAUCUUUUUAAUAUACCUUCCAUUCUGAGCAUCAGAAAAGAUCAUCUAACAUGAUCCUAGGUUUAAAUAACAAAGAUGAAUUUGACGUGACUUUUUGCUUGAUUUUGCUGCCCUGGAAUUACUGCAGAGCAGACCACUGGAAAGACACAGUGCAGGAAUGUACUCUUGUGCUGAAAUACAGUAUUUCACGCCUGCAUAACCAUGUAAAAGGUAUCUUAUCUGAGCAAAGGUCAGAAGACUUUCUGAGAUGGCUUGGCCUGUGAUGGAACAACUCUUCUAGGAAACUGCUGGAGUACUUCAGCAACGGGCACCCAGCAUCUCUGCCCCAACUGAUCUGUGUCAAAGUCCAAAAUGAACCACACUUGGACAUACAACUUGAGCUUUGGUGCACCUGCAGAUCCUGUUGAGCCAAGGGCUGGACUCACAAGAAGUGGGCACACAGUAGUGGCUGUUUUUCUUGGAUUCAUCUUUUUUUUUGGUUUCUUGAAUAACUUAAUUGUCCUCAUCCUCUUCUGCAAAUUUAAAACCCUUCGUAACCCAGUCAACAUGCUCCUCCUGAACAUCAGUAUCAGCGACAUGUUAGUGUGCAUCUCAGGCACUACCCUCAGUUUUGCAUCUAACAUUCGUGGCAAGUGGAUUGGAGGGGAGCAUGCUUGUAGGUGGUAUGGCUUUGUCAAUUCCUGCUUUGGAAUCGUGUCCCUGAUCUCCCUGGCCGUCCUGUCCUACGAGCGCUACAGCACUCUCACCCUGUGCAACAAGCGCAGCGAUGACUACCGGAAGGCAUUGCUGGCAGUUGGAGGUUCAUGGAUUUAUUCCCUGAUCUGGACUGUACCACCUCUGAUCGGUUGGAGCAGUUAUGGGGUAGAAGGUGCAGGUACAAGCUGUUCAGUACGCUGGUCCUCAGAGUCAGCUGAGUCCACAUCCUAUAUCAUCUGUCUCUUCAUAUUCUGCUUGGUCGUCCCUGUGAUGGUCAUGAUGUACUGCUACAGUCGCCUCCUUUAUGCAGUUAAACAGGUUGGAAAAAUCCACAAGAACGCUGCCCGCAAAAGAGAAUACCACGUACUGUUCAUGGUGAUCACUACAGUUAUUUGUUAUCUUGUGUGCUGGAUUCCCUAUGGAGUUAUAGCAUUACUUGCAACAUUUGGUAAGCCAGGUGUUGUGACUCCAGUUACAAGCAUCAUACCUUCCAUCCUAGCAAAAAGCAGCACUGUUUGCAAUCCCAUUAUCUACAUACUUAUGAAUAAGCAGUUUUACAAAUGCUUUUGUCAGCUUUUCCACUGCCAAUCUCCUUCCUCCACUAACGGAGAGCCCACCUGCCACUCCAAGGUAACUGUCAUCCAGCUGAAUCAAAGGAUGGAUGGCGGAAAUGUGUGCAACAAUGAACCAUAUCCAGAAAGAGACAAAGUGACUUCUCUCCUGCACUCAGAGCCAAGCCUGGAGCCAAUUUCAAAAGCUAUACCACCACAGUCUUAGGAAAAUUGGCUCUGAUGGAAGGGAACUUUGUGAC